AUGUCUUUAGAAAAACUCAUAACUUUCAAGACUAGCGAUGGUGAGGAAUUCAAACUCACUGAGGUUGUAGCUCUGAGGUCAGAAGUCAUCAAAAACAUGGUACAAAACGUUGAUUGUACUUCUAAUGUCCUUUCCUUGUCUAAUGUUGAUGGCAAAACAAUGAAAAAAGUGGUUCAGUAUUGGAAAAAAUAUUCGAAAGAAGGUGUUACAAAAGAUCAGUUAAAGAGUUUUGAUCAGGAUUUCUUGAAGAUGAGCCAAUCAGAAUUAGUUGGUGUUCUCUUGGCUGCUAAUUUUUUUUAUGAUAAGCAGUUGAAGGAGGUAGUAAUCCAAGAAUUUGCUGAUAGGAUCAAAGGGAAACCAAUAGAGGAAAUACGUGAAGUAUUUGGUAUCGUGAAUGAUUAUACUCCAGAGGAAGAGGAGGAGAUCUGUAGAGAGAAUGCUUGGGCUUUUGAAUGA